AUGGGCGCCGCCCAGUCCAAGUCCAAGCAGCAACAGGACCUGCAGAGCCGGACGGACUUCUCGUGGGACGAGAUCAAGCACCUGCACCAGCGGUUCCGGCAGCUGAGCGGGGGCCGGCCGACCCUCCGCCAGGACGACUUCCUGCACAUCGCCAACCUGCAGCUCAACCCCAUCGGCUCCGAGAUCACCCGGGCCUUCUUCGACAAGCGGAACCUGCGCAAGGGGACCGGCGGCCUGGCCGACGAGAUUAACUUCGACGACUUCCUGACCAUCAUCGGCUACUUCCGCCCCGUGGACUGGGCCGUGGGCUCCGGCUCCGAGGAGGUGGAGCGCUUGCGCAAGGAGAAGAUGAAGUUCCUCUUCCACAUGUUCGACGGCGACUUCGACGGCCUCAUCACCCUGGACGAGUACAGCAACGUGGUGGAGGAGCUGCUCUACGGAGGCCGCAGGGCCCAGAAAGAGAAGGACAGCGUUCGCCUCAUCGCGCGCAGCAUCGCCCAAGGCGCCAUGAGGGAGGCGGACGCGGUGUCGAGCCGGCCUAAGGACGCGAGUAAGGAGUACCCGGGCAUCUCCUUCGAGGACUUCCUGAAGACCUGGCAGGGCUUCGACAUCGCGGCCAACAUGCAAGUCAGCUUCCUUAACUUGGAGACCAUUAACCACUGACCGGCUUCCGGCACCCCUGGGAGAAGCUGCCAGCGCUGCACGGGCCUCUUGCAUGGCCUGGAGCCCGACCCGGGGCGUGCCACCCUACCCCUCCUCAGCUGAAUUACCAAGGCCAA